GAACACCCCUCCUCACCUCAAGAGAAAAAUGGGGCUUUCCCCCUAUCCUGUACUCCAUCGUGUCUGCCGGCGCGAAAGCCCUGGUAGAGGGUGUCUCUGCAGCCCGCAACCCCAGCGAGGUCACUUUCGUUAUACAUGAAAUAUGCCAUGAGUCGGAAAAUUUGACGGAGCAAUUGGGCACUGGACUGGCCCCGCCAGACGCAAAGCAGAUUUUGAUAUGGUUUCAUGGAGAAGAAUUCAUUUUCCCCCGACAGCCACAUACCCAACGCAGCUCCGCCAGGGAGUCAGUUGUCUCCGCUAUGUCCUCAACCACCACCAACCUGCCGAUGUAAUUCUAGGUGGUGAGUCGGCGGGUGGGAAUCUUGUCUUUAGUGUGCUCGCGCACCUUGUACGGCUGCAUCCUGAGAUCGAGAGGCUGGGGUUGGCUCUGCAGGGAGGAAGGCUAGCUGGGCGCUGUCACGGUAGUUCUUUGGGUUUCGUUGGGUAGUGCGGUAGUGGAGAAUGCCAGUGUCGACAGACAGGUAGCAGUCCCACGG